AUGCCUGGUGCAGAGAAACCAUUGCUUGUGGCUCCUCGUUUGAAGCAAGAUGAUAUGGAAACCAGCAUGUCAUCCUCAAGAGAUUGCCGUUGCAUUGUAAGUGUCAUCAAUGUUCUAUUGUUUACAAGUUUCGAUUUAUUUUAUCGCAAUAUGUGGUGUGAUGAAUAUAUGAAUAAUAUUUUUAUAUUUGAAGGUGUUGAGCAACUGAGCAAGUAGAAUAGUAUUAUGAUUUAUGACACCCAGUAUGAAACUUAUAUAUUUUUUUUACUUUUAGACUUUCCAUGCUAAGCACACAGAAAAUGGGAAGUGUGGUGCUACAGAAACACAGCCCAGUUCAAUGGAGAGUGGUGAUCAAUGCUCAAUAGGGGAGAGUGGUCAGCCUGACUUCUCAGUCGAGACAUUUGAGCAAACUUUGACUGCAGAAGUUGGUGAACUAGAAAGGGUGAGCAGAAAUCUAUGCAAUUUUUUCAUGAUUUAGUUUGUACCAUAUUACUCGAUUUAAUAUAGCCAUACAGCACAAUAUAUAAAUUCUAAUUUUACUAGAUAGUGAUAAUUCAUCAUUAAGUGAUGAUAACAUUGGAGAUGUAAGCAAUAUCCCUUGGUGAUAUUGAAAGUGAUGAUUCAGAACCUUUUACAUCAGAGCCAUCCACACUAUCAGAGGUUGAAGAACCGUCAAUGGAACAGUCCUCAACUGAUACAGAAUCAGAAGCUGGGGAGGAUGCAGUUGGGACAAGGUGUGUGUGGGCUAUUUUAUUUAGGUUUGAUAGCGAAACGGACAGCGAAACGAUGAAAUAUUUUGCUAAACACGUGGUGAGUGUGUUGUUGUCGAAGCCGAAGGUGAAACAGAAAAAGUCGAACACAAAUUGAAAGACAAACAUUCCUGCGGACAGUGUGACUCCUAUAAAGAAGAAAUUACUAGCUACAGUCACUGAAAUUGUAAAGAAACAAGAGGAAGAUCGACAAAACAACAACCUAAAUGAUGCAGAAACAAAGGCCAAGAUACAAACUCUUGUCGAACACAAUGACAAGAUGGCGGCUGAAAUAGAAUCGCUGAAGGUCUAACGUAGAAGAAACCACAGGAGACAACAAACUUAUCAAACAUGUUCUUGACAUUAAACAGGGGGAAUUGACCAAGGUAAAUCAGAAGAAAAUCUCGAAAGAAGAAGAAAAAAGCGCGACAACUGAAAAUUCCAUCAUAAAUCAAAACCGUUUUCAAUAUCUAUCCUUUGAAGAUAUUACAAACAACAUCCCAAACCUUGAGGAAUACGAAAUAGAGCAAACGAGCAACAGCGUGAAUUGA